UUUAGCAGUAGUUGAAUGAGAGAUGUACCAGACGAGCUACUUAAUUGGAGACGGCACUGACAGAUCUGCUUCAUUAUUUGCUGACCAAAGAAGUACAGAAGAACAGGGAAUCUUAUGACACAUGGUCAAGAAAAUGAUCUGCAUGGAAUAAUAAACAAUGCAUAUCAGAAGGAUGAAAAGAGAAAUCGAAUGAUGAAGGGCGAGCUUUCUGCAUAGUGAUACUGUAUUCUCUGUCCUGCAUCUCAUAAACGUUUCAAGGCUUGGAAUUCUCACUAUUGGAUGCCAACAUGAAAACAGGAAUUUAUCUACUAUUUUUAUGUGAAGUAUGUGUUGAAAUAAGCAAGGCUGACAUAAAGAUUCUGAAAGAGGAAAAAGAGGAAAAAUUCUCACACAGAAAUAAAUAUGUAAAUACAUCUGAGCAGUGGGAUCAGCAUGCAAAUACCUCUAAACCUUUUGAAAAGCAUAUCGUGGAAGAUUUCACUCUUUACAACUUCACUGAAAAGACUGCAGAUUUUGGAUUUGAUCUCUAUCGAAAAAUUGCAAUGACACAUGACAAAAACGUGGUCUUCUCUCCUCUCUCUGUAUCAGCUCUCAUGGCUACAUAUAUGUUUGCAGCCAAAGGGGAAACACACAGACAAAUUGUAAAAGGCCUAAACCUCCAUGCUUUGAAAGACCCAGAGAAUCGGUAUUAUUUACCAGCCUUGUUUAAACAACUAAAAGAUAACAUCACAAUGAAUGAAGAACUACUUCUUGUGCAAGGUACGCUCUCUUUUAUCCAAAAGGACUUCACACUGAAGGACUCUUUCCUCAAUUUAUCUAAACAGUACUUUGAUAUGGAAUUCCUGACCGUGGACUUUCGAAACAUCACACAGGCCAAAUUGGUUAUAAAUCAAAAUAUUAGCAACAGGACCAAGGGAAAGAUCCCACAGCUUUUUGAAGACCUUGACCACCAUAAUAAACUGCUACUUGUGGACUACAUUUUCUUUAAAGGCAAAUGGCUCUACCCUUUUAAUUCUAAAUUCACGGAAAUUGAGACUUUCCACAUAAACAAAUUCCGAAGAGUGCAGGUACCCAUGAUGUUCAAGUCAGAUAAAGUUAACUCAACUUUUGAUGAGAACUUAAGAUGCAGUGUGAUAAAGCUUCCUUACAAAGGGAAAGCCCACAUGCUGGUUGUCAUCCCAGAAAAGGAGGCAGAUUACAUUGCACUUGAAGACCAUUUGUCAACAGACCUUGUGGAAACAUGGCUCAGAAACAUGGAGACCAGAAAAGUGGAUAUUUCAUUUCCCAAGUUCAAACUAGAACAAAAAUAUAAAAUGAAGAAAUUGCUUCAUGGUCUAGGAAUUAAAAAUCUUUUUGCACACACAGCAGAUCUUAGUCAUCUCACAGAUCAAGGAUACAUAAAAGUCUCACAGGUUAUUCAAAAGGCAGUAAUUGAAGUAGAUGAGAAAGGAACUGAGGCAACUGCAGCUACUGGGUCAGAAGUAACUGCCUUCUCAGUACCUCCUGUCAUUAAGGUGGACCGACCGUUCCUUUUUAUGAUAUUUGAAGAAACUUUUAAAACAUUACUGUUCAUGGGUAGAGUGGUUGAUCCAACAGAAAUGUGAAUAAAGGUAACAGUUUCUAUGCUAUGGUA